AUGACUGCUUCGAUGUACGUCGUCGCUCUCGCACUGAUGGGCCUUGCCGGGGCGGAGCUUGUCGACUUGAAAUGCGACGACAACGCCACGUGCAUCAACAGCCUGCCGGGCAAGCUGUACACGAGCAUAAAGCAGCACAAGAGUGUCAGACUCUUCGACGUGCUGACAAUAGAACCGCUUAGGAACAGGCAGGCGAGAUCGAACCAGGGCCCGCUGACACAACUCCUGACCAGCCACGCUAUCAGCUUCGACUGGAGCGACUUCACGUUCAGGUUCUCGAAUCCCGAAGACAAAUACGACUCCUUGGACCUGGAGGUGUUUGAAAAUAGGUCGAGUAAAGGUGAGUGCUGG